AUGGCCGCCCAAAAACCCAUAGCCCCUUCCCAAACCUGGUUCGACACCCUCCAAACGCACUUCGCGGACGUCCCAAUCUCAGACGGCGGUAUAGACACAGACAAAUUCCUCUCCGCCGCCGAGUCCACCACCUCCCUCUUCGACCUGCUGGGCUCUGUCGCCUUCACCCCCGUGAAGACCGACAUGACGGGCAACAUCAAAAAGAUCCGCACCGCCUACCUCGCCAACCCCACACAAUCCACCACUCUACAAUCCCUCUGCAAAUACGAGUUGUCAACAGGGAAACAUACCGCCACCGAAGGCCUCCUGUGGCUCGUCCGCGGACUGGAUUUCACCGCACAAGCUUUACGGCAGGACCUCACACAGAACCCAACUAUUCCAACAGCAUCAGACGUAUCAACAGCGCAGAAACCAAAAGCAGAGCUAGCAGAGUGUUUCCGCACAGCAUACAAGGGCACGCUAGCCCCACACCACGGGUUCAUGGUGAAGCCGAUUUUCAGCGCGGCGAUGAGCGCGACGCCGUACAGGAAAGAUUUCUACGCGAAACUGGUCGGGAGCCAGGUGCCGCCGGAGAAGGCGCGAGAGGAAGUCGAAAGGUGGGUUGGGGCGCUGGAGGAACGGGUGGCGAUUCUGAAAGGGUUUACGACGAGUAAGGAGGCGAAGUGGUGA